AAUAAUAAUAAUUAUUAUUACUAUAAUACUGUGAACGCUUUAAAAGACCACGUGACCGGAUACAGUUAUCGUCCCACCGGAAAAUCCUCUUUGUGGUGACAGGCAAGUAGGGGAUUUGCUUUCCCACCCGCUUUCCGGCACAUUCCUUUCCAGUCAGCGUGUACACUGGGAUUUGCUCGCGAGAGGCGGGGCUUGACGGAAUAGCGGUGGGAAUCGGUAAGGCAGCAGUGGGGAGAGAGUGGCAAAGCGGUCCAGUGAACGGAGAGGCCGAGGGCCGUCCGCAUCAUCUCCCUGAAGCACUAGCGCGGCUACGGCUGGGAUGUGAAGAGCAGCAUGAGUGUGAAGGCCUUCGAGCUGGUGCCCGCUGUGAAGCGGGAGCAGUUGGCUGGUGAGAAAGUGCGCAUCGGUGUUGAGUGCAUCGAAUGCUGUGGCCAGCACCUGUACGUGGGCACCAAUGAUGGCUUCAUCCAUCACUUCCUGCUGGAGGAGCGCACCACAGCUAAGGGCCAGCUGUCUUUUAGCUCGGAGAAGCUUCUCCACAAACAGCUGGGGCUCAAAAAGCCACCGUCCGAGCUAAAAGCUGUUUCGGCCCUGGAGCGCCUUAUCGUCCUGUGCGACGGUGUCAUCUUGCUAGUGGAUAUGGUCACUCUGGAACCAGUUGCAUCUGGAGGGACCAAACUAAAAGGCGUAACGGUGUUCUGUGUUAACGAGAACCCGGUGACAGCCGAGCCUUUCUGCGUGGAGAUGGCGGUGGCGUCUGCGCGGCGUCGUUCUGUACACAUUUGCACUGUGCACGAGGACCGUGUCCAGAUCCUGAAGGAAGUGGCUACUCCUGAUCAGCCGUGUGAUCUCAGCGUGGAUGGGUACUUCCUGUGCUUGGCUCUCCCCACACGAUAUGUGAUCCUGAACUAUAGCUCAGGUGCGUCACAGGACCUGUUCCCAUACGACAGUGAGGAGAGGAAGCCCAUUGUCAAAAGGAUUGGCAGGGAGGAGUUUCUCCUGGCUGCACCAGGAGGCCUUGGGAUGUUUGCUAACGCUGAGGGCAUCUCCCAGCGUGCCCCAGUCAACUGGUCAGAGACGGUGAUUGGCGCAGCUGUCUGUUUCCCGUACGUUGUGGCUCUGGACGAGGGCUUUGUAACGGUUCACAGCAUGUUGGAUCAACAGCUCAAACAGACACUUCCAUUCAGAGAAGGACACAUACUUCAGGACUUUGAAGGGAAAGUGGUGUUGGCUUCCACAAAGGCAGUGUAUGUGCUGGUGCCUUUGCCUCUAGAAAGACAGGUUCAGGACCUGUUGGCAGGACACAGAGUGGAGGAGGCACUGACCCUGAUCGAAGGUGCACAGAGAAACAUUCCUAAAGACAAGUUCCAGAUAUUACACAAAAGAAUUCUUCAGCAGGCGGGAUUCAUCCAGUUUGGCCAGCUUCAGUUUUCUGAAGCUAAAGAGCAUUUUAGGAAGGGCCAGCUAGACGUACGAGAGUUGAUCUCACUGUGCCCACUGCUGCUGCCUGCCUCAUCAUCAUUCACGCGGUGCCAUCCUCCACUGCAUGAGUUUGCUGAUCUCAACCAUCUGGCACAGGGUGAUCAGGAGAAGGUGCAGCGCUGCAAGCGCUUUCUUAUCAGCUACCUGCGUGAAGUGCGUGCCAGCGAGAGUGCCAACGGCUUCAGGCAGGAUGUAGACACUGCGCUGCUGAAGCUUUAUGCCGAGGCGGGUCACAAGGGCCUGCUGGAGCUACUGGCCUCGGACAACUCCUGCCUGCUGGCCGACAGCACACCCUGGCUAGAGAAACACCACAGGUAUUUUGCACUCGGGCUCCUGUAUCACUACAACGGCCAGGAUGCUGCUGCUCUACAGUUGUGGGUUCGAGUCGUCAACGGGGAUCUCCAAGACUCCACACAUGCUGAUCUUUUUGAUUAUGUUGUGGAUUUCCUGAGCUCAUGUAAGAACCUGGACCUUGUAUGGAAGUAUGCAGACUGGGCCUUACAGAAGGACCAGAAGCUUGGAGUACAGAUCUUCACUAAGAGAGCUGUUUCUAAAGAGCAAACCAGGCAGCCGAAUCCUGACGAAGUGAUCACGUACCUACAGAAGCACAACAAGGCUCUGGUUCUGUACCUGGAACAUUUGGUUCUAGAGAGGAGGUUACAGAAAGAGAAGUACCACACACACCUAGCUGUGCUGUAUGCCGACCGAGUCCUCGCUCUCAUCUCCCGAACCUCGGCCACAGAAGAGCAGCUCUCUUUAGCCCGACAGAAACUGCAGAGAUUGCUCAGAGAGUCCAACCUGUACAGAGUCCAGCUGCUACUGGGUAAACUGCAGGACUCGGAGCUGCUGUUAAUGGAGAGAGCGACACUACACGGUAAGCUGGAAGAGCACGAUAAAGCACUACAUAUCUUAGUGCACCAGCUGAAGGACUCUGUCGCUGCACAGGAAUAUUGCACAUGGGCAUCCGAUCACAAAAACCGUGGGAAAAUUUUCCAUCAACUGUUGCGCGUGUACUUGGACCCAGAUGUGCCCGGAGGGCCGCGGACUGUUGAGGCCGUAGACUUGCUGAACCGCAACGCUGAGGUUUUUGAUGCCCCAAAAGUUUUGGAACUUCUUCCUGAAGCGUGGUCUUUACCCUUGCUCCGCCCAUUCCUGUGUGGGGCUGUGAGGGCCAGCAUGCACGCUCGCCACACCUCCCAGAUCGCACUGGGGCUCGCACGAGCUGAGAACCUGCAGCUGCACCACGACAGGCUCAAGUAUCGAGGAGGUCCGAUCGUUGUGUCAGAAAAAAAGGGAUGCCGCCUGUGCCACAACACAUUCACCGAGCCAGACUGCGUGUGCCUCCCUGGUGGCACGCCUGUCCACACACACUGUGCCACACAGAAGCUUAAGGGCUCACCCACAAAGCGACAAAAAGACCACGACUAUACCAGCAAUCACACAUGAACGUUGCAGGAAGUGGAACGCACUUCAGGGGGAAUGUGCUGGGCCAGGGCCUGAACAGCUGUGGGCAACUGGGUGGAGACGGGCACGGGGAGAUGAGCGUGCACACGUCGUCGCACAUCUAGAACGAGAACGCUCGGAGCACUGAAGUCUACGGAGAUGAAUUAAAGGAUGGGCAUGGCUUGAGACAAAUUGAAUUUUCAUUUGAGUGUGUUUGUGAGAGAAAGAGAAGAAUCUGGGAAAUUUAUGAAAUAGUGAGAUGCUAUUUAUUCAUGUUCCUCGCCUUCCACUUCCUGCAUUUAUACAACAGGUUGUGUUUAUUUGGUUGCUCUGUUUUUUUUUUUUAAGAAAAGAAUUAAGAAAAGUAGAAUCCAUUAACAAUGGUAUGGCUUAAAAAGAGCAGAUACAGCAAGUCUGCAGUGCUGUAUUGUUAUAACACUAACAAAACGUUUUAUUGGUAGUCAGUUUUGUCGUUCGUCUAAAAACUUAAACUUUUUGUUCUAAUAGCGGAUCACUGUACUAUUAACUGUUGCAUUUGACAAGAUCAAGCACUCAGAAAUUAUUUGUCAUGGAUAAGCAUCAGAUUUGCUUUAUAUUUGCAUCGACAAAGUUGUUCUUACCAUCUGCCUGGACAGGAAAUACAAAUUUCAAUUUCACAGUUAAAAUUCGGAUGAAAGUGAAUCAUAAACAUGCAUAACCUUAGAUUACUUAUAUGUACGAAGGCGAGUUAAAAAAUUAUCUGCACUCAAGUUAUAUUAAAACUUCAGUCUUAUUAGCAUUUUCCAUUCAAGGCUACUGUCUCCCCAGUCACUCAACAUCAGUUCACAGUGCGAGCAAAAAUGGAUACCCUAAUUUUGAGAUUUGUGCAAAAGAAGAGAAGCGAACACUGAUUUUUCUGAUGGUGCCGAGUGUUUGGAUAUCAAUAUUCUAAGGAAGGUAAAAGUUUCUUAAAGAAAAUCAUCACUGGUGACGAGACAUGGAUUCAUCACGACGAGUCUGAGAGUAAGCAGCAGAGUAUGAAUCAGAAACAUCCUCAAUCGCCAACUAAGAAAAAGUUCAAAAGUCAACCAUCAGCUGGAAAAUUGUAUUACAUGCAUUUUAAUCUUUUACCAGUUUGGUCUUCUGAAAGUAGCCCUACGAGGAUGAAGAUUCGCUUCAGAUGAAGUCAAGAUGACGGUGGUGCAUUCGUGGCUCGCAGCUCAGCGUAAAAUAUACGAAACCUUGUUGACAGAUUAACUAAUUACAAUAAGUUCUACAGCCAGAGUGCAGAUACUGUUUGACUCUUCCUCGUAGAUAUUAGAGCGGGGGGAAUUACCCCAACCCUGACCAGGCAGUUUGGAUUCUAACAAAUCAAUCCUGUAAAUGUGUCACAUUUAAUCAGUUUGAGCUUUUUUUGGCCUCCUGCCAUUAUGAAGGUAAAAAAGACGUCCUGACGCUUACCUGACUUUUUAUUCCCUUCUAUUGGAUUCUUGUGCAAUACUCAGCUCAAGUCUCAACCAGACUUCUGGCAACCUUUAAAAUAAUGUGCCUCUUAUCGCAUUAGUUUGGAUCAUGUUUAAUUUCUAAUAACGUGCUCAUGUUCAUUUACAUCUACACUAAGCGACAAAAUCAAGCACAAAUUGAGAAUGACUUUCACCUGUCUUGUUCUGAAGCCAUUGUUCCUCAGUAGUAUGUGGGAGGAAAAUAGAUUCAAAGAUCAAAAUGUCUAUAUAUAUAUACCACCAGACGGACAUUUUUUCAUCAGGUCCUUCGUUUGAGACAUGACGCUAAGCUGUGACUUAUUUUUUUAUUUUUUUUAAGAUAUUGAAUAACAAUGAAUGCAGCAACUAAAUGAUGACUUGCAGCCUAACAACUUGUAUGUUUUUUUUUGGCUAUAUCUUGUGACAUGCCUGUCGAUUGGGAAAUGCAUGGGUGCUUUCGAAAAAGUAUGAGAGACUGGGGAGUGAGAGCGGGAUGACGACGCCCCUGGCGAAGGUUCGGUUUACAAUCUUAAGCACAGUAUAACCACUGCCUACUAUGUCAAUACUAAACCAAUGCAUGGGUGGGAACCAAAGAAACACCUGCUCAUAGAGACACACUGACACCUGCUUGUGCACCGGUUCAAGUUCAGCUUUUAUUGAAUGUAAACGUUUGCAGAUUUCACUGUACAAAAAAUGAAGGGGGGGAACAAAGGUGUUAUGCAUGGACAAGUAGACAAAAUGUGUACAGCAAAGAAAACGGAAACAUCUCCAUACGUCCAUUAAUGUCAAAUUUGUGCGAAUGUUUGACAAUGUCCAUAAUCCAGGGCCCGGUUUUCGAAAAAGCACUAUAGUGUUACAAAUAUGCUUCUGAUGAUAUUAACAGCUUUUAUGAUGACGCUGUUUUUUUUUUUGUUUGUUUUUAUAAACCCGGCCUUGAAUGUUGUCAUGCAACACUUAAGAUGUCUUAGAUGUAACAAACUCUCUAAAUUCCUCUCUCUGAUCACGAGUGCAUAUAUCUACAGCCGUCUGACCCUGAAUACUGCAGACAGAAUCCGUCUGCAUCUUUCUAUUCGCUCGAGUAUUUUAUAAAUGCAUAUCUACUCAUGUGUACAUACUGUAUUUAUAAUUGUUUGUCGCUUUGUAAAUCGAUGGCCGUGUCAUUGGAAUGUACAAAUGUAAAGACGUCCAUUUUAAUAAACAUGACUGCUUAUGUUA